UAUUAUAUAUAUACGUAUACACACACGUGCACAAUGCAUAUAUAUUAUUUUUAAAAAGUUUAUUGCAAUUUUUUAGGUGCAAAAAAAAGUAACGUGUAAUAUUUACUUUAAAUAUAUGAAAAAAUCUUCUUAAAUAUAAUUGUGUGAUCUGUAAACUUAAAUUAAAAUAUUUAAAUUAUAAACAUAAAUUAUCCAUAAAUGUACAUGUAUGUACAUAUAAAUGUUUUGAUAAGUGCAAAACAAUUGCACUUGAGAAUACUCUGCUAACAUCCGUACUGAAUAGAAGAAUUAGUAAUAUGAGUAAUGCAAUAAAAUAUGCAUUAGUAAAGUAUCUAAAAGACAAUGUAAGGCAAAUCGUGAACAUUGAUCUUAUAAGUAUCAAUAACAAAAAUGAAGCAAGUUUCAAGCCUAAGAGUUCCACUGAUUAUGAUCCGAAGCAAAAGUAUUACGUAAAAUGGUAUUACUGUGGCGAUGAAGGUGAUGCGUGCAAUGAUGAUGAAGAGUGCGAGCAUCCAUAUGAUUUAUAUUCUGUCUUCAUUCUUUGUUUGGAUGCGAGCAAAGAAAAUAUUGAACGAGAGUUACAAAACAAAAGAAAACCUGUAGCUAAUAAAAAGUAUGCUUCUACAUCAAUUGAAUCAGACGAUGAAAGAAAAGUAGUUGAUGAAGUCGAAAACUUGAAAGAAAAAUCAAAGCAGAACGAAUCAAAAAAAAAAAAUCAGCUAUAAAUGAUAGAAGUAAAGCAAUAUUAAAAAAAUUUGAGAUGGCUUUUACGAUGCCAACUUUUUCUGAUUCUUGUCAGCAAAGUAAUGCAAAUACGCAAAAAGAUAAAAAUUUAACUAGUCUGAGUACAUUACCAUUGAAAGAGGUCCGUGUAGAUCUAGAACAUAUAAACAUUCCUAACAAAUAUACACCAAAGCCAGCUAACAUUAAUAAUACAGACAAGCAAACCAAUGAUGCCAAACAACAAGCAGCGUCACCUAGAAAUUCAGAUGCUUCUACACCACAGAGCAGUCGAUCAAGUUCACCUUUGUCAGUGCAACGCACAAAAUUUAAUUGCAGGCGUUCUUUGAGUUUUGAAGAGUUUUUAUGUAGCACAUCUCAGAGAAAACAACCUCCAAGCCCACUACCUUCACAGAAUGACAGAGAACCUCUGACUUUGCGAUCUGAGUACGAGAAUACUGACAAUAAUGGAAAUGAAAACAGGAAUAGCAUAGCUGAUGAUAAUCUUUCAUUAUCUUUUAAUGAUGACAAUGAUAAUAGAAUUGCACCUAGUAAUAUUGACGCUGAAUUAAUGCCUUCUCAAAGAAAUGAUGAAGCCGUUAAUAACAAUAAUGCUAAUGAAACAGCAGCUAAUGGAAAUAACGAGAAUGAUGAUAAUGAACAUGAUCAAGUUACCGAUGCUGAUAACAAUGAAGAAUUAGGAAUUCAACGAACAUACAAAAGAACAAAUGAAUUUAUUCUAGAUUGCAUUUUUUACUAUGAAAAUGCAAGAGAAGGUGAUGCAUUUCAAGAAAAGCAAAAACGUUACACAGUUACUGAAAAUGGAGAGAUAUACCUUGGUGAAAAUAUAAGCAUCGAUAGGACAGUAUGGGAAUUUAUGCAUGUAGAGAAGCCAUCAUACUUCAUCGUAACUAUUGCUAAGCAACUUUGGGGUGGACACUUGCGCUUAGCUAAUAGAGCAUUUGAUCUAACUAACGGUGCAAAGAAUAUUCCAGGCAGAUCUCCGGUGAAACUAGUAGAAAAAAAUGUACUACGACUUCUAAUUAGUUUGUAUUAUGACUAUCUUAAAAAAAACAAAAAUUUCACUAACUCUGAACGUGCUGUGCACUUGAAUCAAGCUAUAGACCAUAUAAGAUAUGCUAUUCGUAAUUUAAGAGCAGCUGAAAUAAAAAAAGCAAUCGCCGAAGACAGGGAAGCUAAAAUCAACCGUAUUAAAAGAAAAAAAUUGAGGUACAAUUACCAAGGUCCGUAGUAGAAAUGUUUUUUUUAACAUUUACAACUUUCUUUUGUGAAGAUUAAAAAUUUUUAUGAUUUAAAAAUGCCAAAAUUAUAAUUGAAAAAAAGGUAUGCUUAUUAAUAUAAUUUUGUUUUCUAUAAAAUAAUAAUCUGCGAAUUAAGGGGACAGAUACACAUUAAUUAGCCAAAAAAUAAAUGGUUACAAUUUAUUUUUGUAUUUAUCUUGAAUUGUUUAAAAAAUGUAUUAUAGAGUGGUGUAUAGGGAACUUUGGAACACACUGUCGAUAAAAAAUAACAAUUUUUAUGUACACUAUAUACUCGGUAUGGUCUACGAAGCUUAAAAUCCAUACAUUUUAUUUGAUUCUGUUAUCGCAUACUAACUAAUCAUUUUUAUUAAAUGUUUAUCAUUUUUUAUAACUUUUUAUAAUUUUUAUAUUUGUCAAGCCUUUGUUUUUGCUAGAUUAUACAACUUAUUUAAAUGAAAUUAAUUAUUCCCUUUAACACUUAGCAUUUUAGUAAGUCUGCGGUAGCUAAAACAAUUCAAUUUAUUGAUUUUACCCUCAGAAUACAUGUACCUUGUAUAUGGUAUCUAUAAAAAUUGUUAUUUGCUGUUUGCAACGUUUCUAAGUUUUGUAUCACUUUUUAAUACAUAUUUUAAUCAAUUUUUGAUACUUUAAAAUAUAGCUGUCCCUAUGAGAUUUAAUAAAAAAGAUUAAACUGAACUGUAAUAUUAAUUUUAUUUACGUUUAACGUAACCACAAGUCUGAUCAAAGUAAUAAGUAUAGAUGUAGGGUACGACUAAAAAAAAUAUAUUUUUUGUAUUCUUGCUGUUGAAAAAUAGUAUUUUCGUUAAAUGAUGUAUAAAUAUCAAUAAAGAUAUAUUUUAAUACAAA